AGAGAGAGAGAGAGAGAGAGAGAGAGAGAGAGAGAGAGAGAGAGAGAGAGAGAGAGAGAGAGAGAGAGAGAGAGAGAGAGAGAGAGAGAGGCAUAUCUGAGAGAGACAGCCUCUUAGAGCUCUGAGGCAGAAAUGAUGGAUUCAACUUAUCACAAAGUCAUCUAAAGUGCCAAAGGCAGCACACUACCUGCCCUUUAGUCAGGAGACGAACUCAAGUUCGUAUUCUCUGAAGACUAUUUGCAACUUUUCCUCGCGGCAGUCCGGAAGUCAACCUUCUGCUGGGCACAUGUCAAUCUUUUUUGAUUUAACAAUAACCUUCAAAGCGCAUUUACCUGUCCACUGCUGGAAUGGACUGAGCUGACAGAGAGUGAGUAACCAGACGGGGUUAAACACCAGGAGGACAAUGCCAUCUCACUUGGGAUGACUUUCGAUCAAGAGGAACUACAAUUGGCUCAGCCACAAGAGCAAGACAGCUGAGGGAGUCUCAUCAAUACGCUUCGGUUAUCUUGCUUGGUGAGUUGGAAAAGUCUCAUGGAUACCCCUUCAAUGGUCCUACUGGGGCUCCUUCUUGUUUAUGGGCUAGUCUGUCAGAUUCAGGGGAUCGCCUCAGAUAGCCACAGCUUUACGGGAGCCCAAGAAUUUGAGAGUAGUGACGAUGGUCCGGAGAGAGAAUUUCUAUAUGCAGGGAGGAGCAAACGCGCGCCUUCUGACCAGCCACAGGACAAAUGCUCGUACACUUUUAUCGUGCCACAGCAAAAAGUGACAGGGGCUAUUUGUGUCAACUCCAAGGAGCCAGAGGCCACGCUGGAGAAUCGGGUUCAUAAGCAGGAGUUAGAGCUACUGAAUGUGGAGCUGCAGAAACAGAAAAGGCAGAUCGAGACUCUCCAGCAAUUGGUAGAAGUGGACGGAGGCAUUGUUAAUGAAGUUAAGCUUCUGAGGAAAGAAAGCCGAAACAUGAAUUCCAGAGUUACGCAAUUGUACAUGCAACUCCUUCAUGAGAUCAUCAGGAAGAGAGACAAUGCUCUCGAAUUAGCUCAGGUGGAGAACAGAAUACUUAACCAAACUUCAGAUAUGCAACAACUUACCAGUCGUUACAAAGACUUGGAGCACAAGUACCAGCACUUGGCCUCUUUGGCCACCAACCAGUCAACUCUUAUUGCCUUGCUGGAGGAGCAGUGUCAGGGUCGACCUCCUCUCCGACCCGUCCCCGUGCCACAGCCACGGGCUCAGCCACCUCGACCAUCACCACCUCUUAACAAGCCGUACCACCCACAAGUUCUUCCUCGGAUCAACAAGCCACUCAGCAAUGAGAUACAGAGUGAUCAGAAGUCUCUUCCGCCUCCGACGAUGCCUACCAUCAUACACAACCCUUCUUCCACUGACAAACCCUCUGGUCCAUUUAGAGACUGCCUGCAGGCUCUGGAAGAAGGCCACACCAACAGCGGCAUGUACUUGUUAAAACCAGAGAAUGCCAACCGUCUGAUGCAGGUGUGGUGUGACCAGAGACAUGACCCAGGCGGCUGGACCGUAAUCCAGAGGAGAGUGGAUGGCUCUGUCAACUUUUUCAGGAACUGGGAGACAUACAAGCAAGGGUUUGGAAAUAUAGAUGGGGAGUACUGGCUCGGUCUGGAAAAUAUUUACUGGCUGACGAAUCAGGGAAACUACAAGCUGCUGGUAACUCUGGAGGACUGGUCUGGCAGGAAGGUGUUUGCCGAGUAUGCCAGCUUCAGAGUGGAGCCUGAGGCUGACUUCUAUAAGCUACGAGUGGGUCGCUACCAUGGCAAUGCCGGCGACUCCCUCACCUGGCACAAUGGGAAACAAUUCACGACACUGGACAGAGACCACGAUGCAUAUACAGGUAAUUGUGCUCACUACCAGAAAGGAGGCUGGUGGUACAACUCUUGCGCCCAUUCCAAUUUGAAUGGCGUUUGGUACAGAGGAGGCCACUACCGGAGCCGUUACCAAGAUGGAGUCUACUGGGCAGAGUUCAGAGGAGGAGCUUAUUCACUUAAGAGAGUGAUCAUGAUGAUUCGUCCAAACGCAAACACUUUUCACUAGCUAUUAAAAAAAAAAAAAAAAAAAAAAACACAGGCUGCACUUCCAUGCAGCAAAACGCCUAGUUUCAAAGAUGAACAGCGGCUUUAUUACCACAGUGCUAUCCCAUAUUCAUUGUAUUGCAUUGGUACAUUGCUCAGGUACAUUAGUGUAGUUCUUUUUAUGUUCCCACCCAUCUCAGAGAAAUACUUUCAAGAAGACAUACCGCAUUCACAUCACGGUCACAGGAAGCUGAACAUCAAAGCGAUUGGUCUGCUUGUUCACUCGCAAGCCAUGAAAGUGACAUACUGUAAAGACUCUGGUGGCCAUGAUGUGGUUUAUCCCUUGAAUGUUAACCAUGGUGUGACAGAAAAUACAAGUUGAUCCAUCCAUAUAGACGUUUUCUUUACCACUUGUCCUCAUUAGGGUGGCGUGCGAGCUAAAGCCCAGCCCGGCUCGCUGGGAUCAUGAGGCUAGGUACCGGUACAUUCUCGGCUGGCUGUUGGCUAAUCACAGAGCACAUAUAGAUCUAGAGCCAAUGACAUUGUCACAUAUCGAGGAUUCAGGCUUCAAUUCGUCUGACAUGCGAGUCCUUGUUAUGCGAGUGGAAGCUGGAGGAAAGCACCUGGAGAAAACCCACGCAAUCAUCUCCCAAGGGAGCCUGACCGGAAAACCCAGGAGCUUCGGACUGCGAGACCGAUGUGGUCAUCACAACACCACAAGUUAAACGUGAUUUAAAAAUGACAUUGAAAAGGGAAGCACUUCCGUUUAGUAGAUUUGAGACGUUUUAUUUUCUACAUACAUUAUAUCCAGUUGUACUAUGCAGUAUCAGACACAGGAAAUGUAUCCCAUGACUAUUUUUUUUUUUAUCAGUGCAGUGAGAUUAUUUUCUCCAUCGAGUUGGUGCGUCUCCCAAAGUCAAAACGUGGUGCAAAAAAUAUGACAAUUUUCAUGUUUCCUAAUGUUUGACUUUUGAUACCCAGAAUGUUGUUUACUUUUUAAUUUUAAUUCUUCAACUGAUUGAACAGUUUUCCACCAGUUUGUGCGUAUGAAUCAAGCAUUGAAUUUACUGUAUAAAUCGAGAUGUUUGUUAAUGUUAAUUGAAACAGAUGUGUGUUUGUACAUAAGAUAUUUGUAAUAUAAUGUCGUAAAUCCAUUUAUGGAAUGAAAAAAAAGUAAUAAAAUCUGUACAGAUAA